AUGGCCAAGUUCAGGGUUCCGUCGUGGCUCCAGUCGCCGUCGUCGGCAGCAGAGGCGGAUCGCAAGAAGCAGAAUCGCCGCUCCUUUGCCGGCUUCUCCAGUCUCAAGGCGAGGCCAGAGGCAACCGUAGCCCCCGAGCCUAAUACAGUACAAAGGGAAAAGCCUGUGCCUGAAGAGGCAGCGCCCAAUGGCCAAUUCCGCAUGGUUGAGCUCGCCAAGAAGAUUGCCGCCGAGUCCGAAAAGGUGGAGACGUACUUUAAGAACAACAGCCUCCCAGAACCAGCAUUCGGUGCCGACGCCCCGGAGGACUAUCCCGAUCUCCCGGGCGACGUGCAGCGGAGCCGACAAGAGAUUGUCAACUCGUGCCAGGAGCUGGAGAGACUGGCACGGGGCCCUAGAGAGUGUGUGAGAUGGGGCGCGUGGGCCUUUUUGGAUACACUGAGCCUGCAAGUUGUCAACAGAUAUGACAUUGCCAAACUUGUACCCCUGGAUGCCCCUAUUCCCCUGUCAGAACUGCAAACCAAAACGACUCUCGAUCCGAUUAACCUUGCUCGCGUUCUGCGUCAUGCAAUGACCAACCGAAUAUUUUGCGAGCCGUCUCCUGGCCUCAUAGCCCAUACCGCCGCCUCCCGCUUGCUCGCGACUGAUGCCAGCCUUCAGGACUGGGUCGGGUUCAACGCUGAAGACCACUUCCCCGCGGCAGCCCAUGUGCUCGACGCUCUUCAAGAGCAUCCGGAGGCCACCUCAUUAACACAAACGGGCUUCAACUAUGCGUAUGGAACCGUCGAUAAGGAGCCCAUGUUUGUGACUCUGGGCAAGGACCCUGUAAGAGCAAAGCGGUUCGGCGGCGCGAUGAUGAGCUUGACUGGUACCGCUGGGUACGAGGUACGGUACUUUGUCGACGGCUGCGACCUGACUGCUGUGAACGAGCAAAAGGGUACUUUCGUGGACAUUGGAGGAAGCCAUGGUUUUGUCUGCGUUGAGCUGGCCAAGAGAUGGAAUGCCAUGAAGUUUGUGGUCCAAGACCUGCCCAAGACGGUUGAAAGCGCGCCCAAGCCUAUCUGCGAGGACGAGUCGGUGGCCGAGCGGAUCGACUUUCAGGUGCACGACUUUUUCAAGGAACAGCCUAUUAAGGAUGCGGACGUCUACUACUUCAGAUGGAUCGUGCACAACUACUCCAACCCAUACGCGGUGAAACUUCUGCGCAACUUGGUGCCCGCGCUAAAGCCCGGCGCCAGGAUCAUCAUCAACGAGCACUGCCUGGAGCAGCCCGGAAUAGACGACCCGUGGGACGACAAGCUGAUGCGCAGCAUGGACAUGGUCAUGCUGGCGUUGCUGAACGCGCAGGAGCGUCGGGAGGACGAGUUCAAGGCGCUGUUCGCCGAGGCGGACUCGCGCUUCGCGUUCAAGGGAGCCAAGAGGAUCGAGGGCUGCCGCAUGAGCAUCGUGGAAGCGGUCUGGGAGCCCGAAGUCCCCAAGACUGUGGGGACUGAGCAGAAUGGUGAUGUUGAGGUGCCCGAUGCCGACGGCGAGUGA